AUCCUAGAAUCAGUUCUUCAAUUCAUCUUCGUCCUUCAACACUCAACAGCAUCGACUUUGCUUGAACUAGAUCAUGGCGAGCAAAGCAUCUUCAUCGAUUCAGCAUGUCUUCUUCUUUCUCUUCCUCGUCGUUUCCUCUCUUUCCUCACUAUCUGCCAAGUCCUUCUCCAACAAUCUAACUCCACGUUUCCCAGGCCGAUCUUCACGCUCUCAUAGAUUCCAAUCGCCGGUAAAUAAGUACCUCUACGAGACUCAUUACUUCGAGCAGCAACUAGAUCACUUCAGCUUCUCCAACCUCCCAACUUUCCGGCAACGGUAUCUCAUUAGCACCCAACACUGGCUAGGUCCCAAUCGAAUGGGGCCUAUCUUCUUCUAUUGCGGCAACGAAGGCGAUAUCGAAUGGUUCGCCGAUAAUACGGGCUUUGUUUGGGAAUUAGCCCCUCGAUUCGGUGCCAUGGUCGUCUUUCCUGAACAUCGAUAUUAUGGAGAGUCCUUUCCUUAUGGUAGUAUAGAGGAGGCAUAUAAAAAUGCAACUACAUUAUCAUACCUUACGACUGAGCAAGCACUUGCAGAUUUCGCAAUACUCAUUACUGAUCUGAAACGUAAUUUGUCAGCCGAGGCUAGCCCUGUGGUGCUAUUUGGUGGAUCAUAUGGAGGAAUGUUGGCUGCUUGGAUGAGAUUGAAAUACCCUCAUCUUGCAAUAGGUGCCUUAGCAUCUUCAGCUCCAGUUCUUCAAUUUGAGGAUAUUGUCCCACCAGAAACAUUUUACAAUAUCGUUUCCAACGGUUUUAGGCAAGAGAGUUCAAGCUGCUUCAAGACCAUUAAGGAGUCUUGGGAUGUAAUUGAGUCAGAGAGUGAGAAAAAUGAUGGCCUGUUAAAACUUACCAAGACAUUCCACAUGUGUCAGAAAUUAGAAACUGUGGAAGAUCUCUUCAACUGGUUGGAAUCGGCCUAUAGUUAUUUGGCUAUGGUUAACUAUCCAUAUCCUUCCAGUUUUAUGACGCCUUUGCCUGGAAACCCAAUAAAAGAGUUAUGCAGAAGAAUUGACAAUAAUGCUGAUGGAACAACUAUUUUGGAACGUAUAUAUGAAGGGGUAAACAUGUACUAUAAUUACACGGGAGAGGUUGAUUGUUUUAUGUUGGACGAUGAUCCUCAUGGUUUGGAUGGCUGGGAUUGGCAGGCUUGCACUGAGAUGGUGAUGCCAAUGUCUAGUAGCCUAGACAUCAGCAUGUUUCCAACAUAUGAUUAUAACUACACCUCUUACCAAGAGUAUUGCUCUGAUUCUUUCAAUGUCAAAUCUAGGCCUACUUGGAUAACUACAGAAUUUGGAGGACAUGAUUUCAAAACUGCAUUGAAAUACUUUGGAACUAACAUCAUUUUCUCAAAUGGCUUACUGGAUCCUUGGAGUGGGGGCAGUGUUUUGGAGGAUAUAUCGGAAAGUAUUGUCGCUUUGGUCACAGAAAAAGGUGCCCAUCAUUUGGAUUUGAGACCUGCAACUGACGAGGAUCCUGACUGGUUGGUAGAGCAGAGGGAAACCGAGAUAAAGUUGAUUAAAGGGUGGUUAGAUUCUUAUAACCAGGAAAAGAAGGCACAUUUCAGCUCUUAGAAGAUUGAACAAUUGUGAAUUGUCUCUAAAACUUGUGUAUGCACAUUCUCUGCUGGCUUCACUGCCAGAGAAUAACAAUAAUGUUGAUUGACAAUAAACUGUGGGAAUCCAAACUUAGGAUGUGGAUAGUGUGUCUCCAUUUAUAGAGCUCAAGCCCUCAAAAGUCAAAACCAUAACCUCCUUGAUGGGCCUAAAGCCCCUUUAGGUAAUUCGUGUUGUAUUUAGGGAUGAUAAUUAUAAUCAGUCUCGUGGUUUUCAAUCCAAAUUACUCUUUUAGGG